AUGUUUGAAGCUAUUCCCAAAGCGGAUGCAGUUUUGCUAAAGUGGAUAUUGCAUGACUGGAGUGAUGAAGAAUGCAUAAAGAUAUUGAUGCGAUGCAAAGAGGCAAUCCCGAGUAAGGAAAAUGGAGGAAAACUAAUCAUCAUAGACAUGGUGGUGAAGACUCACAAAGAGGACAACAAUUUACUCAUGACUCAACUCUAUUUUGACAUGCUUAUGAUGACUGUUCUGACAGGAAAAGAGAGGAGCGAAAAAGAAUGGGCAAAGCUCUUACUUGAUGCCGACUUUAGAGACUAUAAAAUAACUCCAAUUUUGGGGUUAAGAUCUCUUAUUGAAGUUUAUCCCUAG